AUGAACUCCCAAUCGCAAUCAAUAUAUCAGAGAAAUCCUUCACAACCAGAACCAAUAUACCAAACAGAUCCUGCACAAUCAACACCAAUGUACCAGACAGCACCUGCCCAAUCAACACCAAUAUAUCAAACAUCAUUCCAACAACCUCCUUCUUAUGCGACCGUUAUUGUAUCAUCACCAUAUGCGGUACCUAUACAACAUCAGCCGCCAUCUUUAAAUAACAAUCAGAAUUUACCAACAAAGAACCCAACAGAUCCGGGAACACCCCCUUUCGAAAAAAAUAAAUGGCCGCGUAAAUCAGUUUCGCUUGUUUGUCCACGAUGUGGUGCUACAGUAACAACACGCGUAGAAGCAGAAAUUACAAUGAUUACUAUGAUGCUUGUUGUGAUCUUAUGUUUUUUCAUCUGUAUUUUUUUCUGGAUACCAUUGGUUAUGGUAUCAUGUAAAAAAAUAACUCAUUAUUGCCCUUAUUGUAAUAAUGCUCUAGGUGAACGAAAAGAGCUAUGA